CUAGUUCCGGAAACGGAAAAGGGCGGCUUGGCAGGAAUCAUGGAUGGAGAGUUAGAGUCGCGGACACAGGCGAUUCGUCAGGAAACCAUGCAGCCGCUGAAGAAGGAUAGCGCUGUCUGUAUGGUCUGCUUGGAGAAACCCAAAUACCGCUGCCCCUCCUGUAUCGGGCCCUACUGCUCGGUGACCUGCUUCCAGGAGCACAGAGAGCACUGCCACCCUGAAACUCAACGUGAGAAAAAAAUAAGACCGACUAUUACUGCUGUAAAAUCUGUAGGGAAAAAAGAUGAUGACGACUCUAUAGCUGAUUUUCUCAAUAGUGAUGAGGAAGAGGACAGACUUUCUUUGCAGAAGUUAAAGAAUUUAGAGGACUCUGCAGCAUUAAGAAGUUUACUGCUAAACCCACACCUUCGACAGAUGAUGGUUAGCCUCGAUCAGGGGGACAAUAAGGCAAAGCUCAUGAGAGCCUGCAUGCAGGAGCCCUUGUUUGUGGAGUUUGCCGACUGCUGUUUAAGUAUUGUGGAGCCAUCCCAGAAUGAGCAUUCUUAAGAUGGACCAUCAUGCUGCUUCUCCAUCACUCCUGGAGCCUGUCUGAUCUUCUCCCAAGAGACUAGGCUGCUGUGGGACCACCAGCUAGGAUGGUGACUUCCAGGACGUACCCCAGCUGGUGUAGGGUAGUAGGUGAUGGCUUGCUGCCAUCAACUGUGGGCUUGGCUUUCAUGUAGAGAUGGGGGUACAAAAGGUCCCAAACCCUUCAUAAGAAAUUUGACAUCCAA